AUGAAAGUCACCGGCUACCAGACCCGACUCCUCCACACGCCCGCCGACGAUCCGCUCGCCAACAGCUUGCCCGACACCGGACGCCUGCGUGCCUUCGUCACGCUCGAAAUGACCACCGACGAGGGCGUGGAUGGGGUUGGCCUCACCUUCGUACCGGCUCUCACGGCAAGUCCGGUCGCGGGAGCCCUCAAGACGUCCGUGGACGCGCUGGCCGAGCUGACCAUAGGCGAGGAUCCCAUGGAGAUCGAGGGCAUCGUCGCCCGCCUCCAGGAAGCGACCUCGGGCGCAGGCCCCGGCGGCCUGCUGACGAUGGCUCUGGCCGCCGUGGACAUGGCCCUCUGGGACAUCAAGGGCAAGGCGCUGAACCAGACGGUGGCUUCCCUGCUGGGCGGCUACCGCAAGAGCGUUCCCACCUACGCCAGCGGCGCACUGAUGCGUCCGGUCAAUGUCGAACGCUUGGCCGAAAUCGGGCCGAUGCUAGUGGAAAAGGGCUUCCGGCAGAUGAAGACCCAGAUGGGAGCCGAGCCCCUGGCCGGUCGCGAAGUCGAUCGCAUCCGCACUCUACGAAACGCCGUCGGCGACGAUAUCGACCUGAUGUGCGACAUCAACCAGUUGUGGAGCGUCAACCGCGCCAUCGACAUCGGCCGCCGCGUCGAGGAAUACCACUUGUACUGGCUCGAAGACGUGGUGGCCCACGACGACUACCAGGGCAUGGCCAAGGUGGCCGACGCGCUCUACACUCCCAUCUGCUCUGGUGAGUACGUCUACGGUGUCAACCCGUUCCGGCAGCUAAUCGAGAACGGCUCCAUCGACAUCGUGAUGAUCGACCUGCUUCGCGUCGGCGGCAUCACGCCCUGGCGCAAAGUCGCCGCCAUGGCCGAGGCCUUCAAUAUGCCGGUCGUCAGCCACUUGGUGCCGGAGGUCCACAUCCAACUGAUGGCCUCCAUCCCCAACGGCCUGACCGUCGAGUAUAUGCCCUGGUCGCUCAGACUAUGGGAGGAAACCCCCAACUUCGUCGACGGGAACCUUGAGGUACCCGACAAACCGGGACUGGGACUCGCCUUCGAUCAGGACGCCCUGCGGCAUUACGCAGUGGCGUAA